AUCGAUUGUACAAGUGUUCAUAUUCCAUUUUCGAUUGUUUCAGUAUAUUGACUAUCGAAUGUGAUAUAAAAAUGGCGACCGCAUCUUUGAUUGUAGUGAUGUGCCCGUGGUUUUGUAUUGAUUAAUUAAAGAAAAGAGUUCCUAAGAAGAAAACGUGAAAAGAUGUCACUCUCAAAGUCCAGACUUACUGAGUUUAAUGAUGGCUGGCUUUGUGAUCAACGGUUUCAGCCAUGGCUUCAAAAGGUUGAGAAAGACAAGCAUGUCUUCUUCUGCUCUUUGUGUCGGAGCACUCUCAGUUUAAGCAACAUGGGAAAAAGAGCAGUUACAAGUCAUCUCAAUGGUCAGAAACAUAAGUCUCGUUCUCGGGUAAAUAGUGAAUGUGAUCUGAGAAUUUUUCUAAAAAAAAGUAACACUGAUGCAAGUACUAGUUCUCAGGAGUCUUCAAGAUUUAGUCAAUCUGAGGAAAGUUUGCAAGAGAAUAAAUGUGCAAAAGAUGUUAAUGAAAGUGAAAAUUUGUCAUUCUUAAAUACAAAAGAAAUUGUCUCCCAACAGUCUGUUACAUCUCGUCCAUUGCAGUCAUUCUUAUUGAAAAAUGAAAAUACCAAAGCCGAUAUAUUAUGGUGCCUUCUAGUUGUAAUGAAUCAUUGGUCAGUGAAUUCUGCAGGGAAAGCUGUUCAAGUUUUCAAAGCUAUGUUUAGUGAUAGUUCAAUAGCCAUGAACAUGCGUCUUCAACGCACAAAGAUUUCAUACACCAUAGUUUAUGGUUUAGCUCCAUAUUUUCACAAGGAGUUAUUGCAAGAAAUUUCUCAGUGUGAUUUCUUUGUCAUUUCUUUUGAUGAAUCACUUAAUAAAAUUGCCCAGAAAGAACAGAUGGACAUUGUCAUUCGCUUUUGGAGCAAAUCUAAGGACACUGUAAGUACACAUUAUUUCACUUCAGUUUUUUUGGGUCAUACAACUGCUGCUGACCUUAUACGAUCUUUUAAAGAGGCAGUAUCAGAACUAGACUUACGAAAGCUAAUGCAAUUAUCCAUGGAUGGGCCAAAUGUGAAUAUUAAGUUUUUGGCAGACUUAAAAGCAGACUUGAACAGAGACCCUUCAGAUCAUGUGAUAAUGGAAAUUGGCUCGUGUGGGUUGCAUACUAUUCACAAUGCUUUUAAGGUCGGAAUGAACAGUUGUGAAUGGAAAAUUUUUCAUUUUUUGCAUGCUAUUUACAACUUUUUCAAGGAUCGGCCUGCAAGAAGGAGUGACUACACAAUGUUUUCUGGAUCAAAAAAAUUUCCAGUUAAAUUUUGUAAUGUGAGAUGGCUUCAGAACUUUGAGGUUGCACAGAGGGCCCUUGAAAUUAUUCCCAACUUGAAGAAGUAUGUAGAGGGAGUUAAGGAAAAUAAGAAGGAACCAGUUAUGUCUGGUAGCUAUGCAGCAAUGGUAGGAGGUAUACGUGACAAAUUGAUGCCUGCUAAAUUAGCUUUCUUUUGUUUUCUUGUGAAGGAAAUAGAAGACUUCUUGGAGUGCUUUCAAACUGAUGCCCCUAUGGCACCCUUCUUACACACAGAACUCACUAACAUUCUUAUGUCCUUGAUGAAACAUUUUGUGAAGCCUGAGACAAUAAGUUCCAAGAGUAUAGCAAGCAUUGAUUUGUCAAAAUCUGAAGCUCUGUUACAUGCAAAGAAGGUAGAUGUAGGGUAUGGUACACGUGAUGCUCUAAGACGAAUAGAUUCAGUUAAAGAAAUUGACAUUCUUUCUUUCAAGCAGGACUGCCGCACAAUUCUCCAAACAACGUGCAAGAAAAUUAUAAUCAAGUCUCCUUUAAAAUUCAAGCUUGCGAAGGGUAUUACUUGUUGUGAUCCACAAAUGAUAGUGAAAUCGCCCCAAAUAGCUGAGCAGCGUUUACAGAUGUCAUUAGAAGUGUUUGUAGAAAACAACUGGCUGUCUGGUUUGGAAGCACAGAAAAUCCACUCUAACUUCAAAGAAGUCUUUCAGAGUCCAGAAAUGUUAGCAGAUUUAAAGAAUUUUCGUCGAAAAGAAUCUAGGUUAGAUGAGUUCUGGACAAACUUUGUAGUGAAGCAUGAUACAUCCAAAGAACUAGUAACAUUUAUCAAAAUGGUAUUGGUAUUUUCGCAUGGUAAUGCAAGUGUAGAACGUGGGUUUUCAGUUAAUAAAGAUUGUCUUGUUGAAAACAUGCAUGAGAGGUCUCUGAUUGCACAAAGACAAGUUUGGGAUGGAGUGCAAGCAUCUGGUGGAGUUGUACAAGAUUUGAAUAUUACAAAGACUAUGAUUCUGUCUGCCCGCAAUGCUCAUAGUAAAUAUCAGGAUGCACAGACUGAACAGAAGAAAAGUAAUGAAGAUAAAGAAAAAGAAAAGGAUGAGAAGAAAAGGGUUGCAGAUAUUAAAAAUGAUCUUGAAAUGCAAAAAAAGAAGAAACUGGAAGAGUUGACCCUUGUUGAUGAACAAAUUCGUGGCCUUGUGAAGAAAUAUUAAAUUGGUAUUUUAAUCAUUGAGAAGUGUGGAAGUUGUGUAAAUACUUGUGCUUAAGUGAACUAAGUUUUAUGUUAAAUGUCUUAAAAAUGUGCAUCAAAAAAUGUAGAUCUAUGUUACUGUGUGGGAAGCAUUAAGUUUUCAACAAACUGUAAAGCAUAAACUUAUGUUUUACUAUUGCAAAAAUUUUUCUGAAUGGAUGAAUUAAUGCUGUUGGUGCUCAGACAGGUAAGGAAUUAAUUAUACAACUAUAUGUUAAAUUUGAAGUAUUCAGCUGUUGAAAUUGCCAGCAGAUGUUGUGUUGCAAUUUUUUUAAUGAAUAUUUUUUUUCAAAAACAGAAAGUGUUUUGUAACUGUCCAGUGGCGGAUCCAGGAUUUUGGUUUGGGAGGGGCUUGAACCAGCUGAGGCUAGGCUUUAUCAAGGCAAACACUAAAACAAUAAUGGACCCAGAUGCUUUUGGAGGGGGCUUGAGCCCCUUAGCCCCCCCUCUGGAUCCGCUACUGUAACUGUCUUCCAUAUAGGAUUAUCAGAAAAUAUGAAUACAGUAUGUUAGCUUAAUGAGUUUUCUUACUUAUCAGUAGGUGUAGGGCAAUAAUUUUGUUUAUAGUUGAAUGUAUGUAUUAACAUAACCUCGCUUCAUCUACUAGUAUUCUCUAUUGCUAUUGCAUAGUAACUAAACAAACUUAAUUUACUUAGUCCAAAAGUUCUAACAAUGAAACUAUUGCGAUUUGAAUAACAAAAAAUAUCAUCCUUUUUGUGAUUUUGUAGUAAAAAAAUUGUCAGGGAAAAACAUCUUUUUUGUCUGGAAAUCAGGGAAAUGUCAGGGAAUUUGUAAAUGAAAAAUUAGUGGCAACCCUGUAACAGCAUGGCCACGAGGCCAUACUUGAGAAGUAAUAGUUUCAGAUGUUAUAUACAUAUUUAUAAAAAUUAUGUUCGCGAUAGGGGAAUAAUAUUAUUUCGUUUUUAUAACACGAUUUUAUAAUAAAUAUGCAUCCCAAAUACACCAAACUUAUUUAUAAUGUGUUACAAUAUUUUUUAAAACAUUGUGCAAAAGAUCCCGGGUGUAAUUUGAAUUAUUAUGUGUAACUGUAAAACACCAUUGUUGGUUCAAAACGUAUUUGAAAAUUCAACAUUACUUUUAAAUAACCGUACUGAUUGUGCUGAAAAUCAGUGGACGAUCGUUAAAUUACAUAAUAUUAAUAAUUCAAACGACGAAAAUAUGAUUGAAAAGUCAAAUCGAUGGUUGUUCCAAUCGAGUGGAAGAGAGAUGCCACGCAUGCGUACAAUGAGCAUGAAGAGAGGUGCCACACAUGCGUAC